AUGAAAGCCUUAGUUCCCUUUUUCACUGGAAUUUCCGCCAUUGGCUGGUCCCCGGAUAAGUCUAUCGGUGACCCAAAAGUCCAACCAUUGGACUGCUACCACUGUACUUACAGAGAGAACUCCGAUGGAACCACUUUUGGAAAUGAAGCUUGUCAAGACGUUUCGGACCCAGAAAAGUCGAAACCGUUCAAGAUCACCAUCCCGAACCGAUUUUACAACGUGACCGAGCCAACUCCCGUCGUCUAUCGAUACGACUGCGCCACCUACUGGAUCACCGGAACUCGCUACGAUACAACUGGAUCCGGGGAGACGAAAAAGACGACCUUUACGGAGCUCAAACGGGACUUCAUCAUGAUCCCAGAUUACAACCCCCUCUUCGACUACGGAAAAACCGGCGCUCGUCAAGCGGAGCUAACGAUCAAGAUUGAUGACACUCUUUGUGGAAGCCAACAAAUGGCAAAUUGCUCGAAAGCUGCUACUUAUCCCGACUCGCUUUUUGCUCUUGACUUGGAGGAGCCAAGAGACACCGGAAAGUGCUACAAAUGCGAGGGAGCCGAGUACAAAGACAAGAACAACAAGUGGCAGCAUCCACAAGCGCAUGAAGAAGGAUGUGCAAGUCUUAAUACCGAUCAGCCAGUCCGACCAUGUGACGCGACUUGUGAAGUUUUGUUGAUGAGUGUUAUGCAAGGAAAGCAUGAAGAUCCGGUUCUACGAUUCAUUCAACGAGGCUGUCUGCCGACGAACAUGGAUGCUCAUACAGUUGCUUAUCUCGAAGUCGAUAAGAAGAACAAAUACAAUAUGGAGACAUGCUACGACAGCCUUUGCAAUACUGGAUGCACGAAGAAGGGAUGCUCUGCUGCGGGAACUACAGUCAUCUCUUUAUUCUUACUGAUUUCAUCCCUCUUUCUUAUCUAA